GUUUUUCCCUCAUUGGCGGAAUGUUUCUGUUUCCGGUUCGGAGAGGCAGGGCUUAGUCCAGAGGGGAAGAAGAGAAGCCCAGUUUUCAGAAAUGGCUUCCUUUGGAUGGAAGAGGAAGAUUGGUGAAAAGGUAUCAAGAGUAUCAUCUCAGCAGUUUGAAGCUCAGGCUGCAGAUGAACAGGGUCUUGUUGACAAUGGUGAUGUUGAUUGGAUUAGUGAAGCUAAAAGGAAAAAGGGUCUUCUGCUAGAAGAGUGUUUGGCCAAAAGCAAGCGUCUGAAGGAGGAAGGUACAGUUUUGGCUGAAAGUGAAAGAUACCGAGAGGCGGUUCACAAAUGGGACGAAGCACUCCAGUUAACACCAGAGGAUGCUACCCUCUAUGAGAUGAAAUCACAGGUUCUUAUGUCUCUGCACGAAAUGUUCCCAGCAGUGCAUGCAGCAGAAAUGGCUGUCCAGAGAGAUCCCCACUCUUGGGAGGCUUGGCAGACAUUAGGGCGGGCCCAGCUUGGAUUAGGAGAAAUUGCACUGGCAAUCCGAAGUUUCCAGAUUGCCCUCCAUAUCUGCCCAUUAAGCUCCGAACUGUGGCACGAGGAUCUGUCUUGGGCAAGAAAAUUACAACAGCAGAAGAAAGUAACCAAAUCGAAGACAGGAGGACAAGGAACAGCAGCUGAGGGAGAGACUUCGAAGGAACCAAUCCCAGAUUAUGAUUUUGAAAGCGAUGAGAUACUGGCUGUGUGUGCAGCCAUUGCUGAGAAGGAGAAAGCCUCACUGGACUCUAAAACAGUUGUAAUUGUGUCAGCCUCUGGGGAAGUGGAGACUGUGACUGAAAAAGAAGAGUCUGCAACAACGCCUGAUAGUACAGUUUUUAUCAAAGCACGAUAAGCAGCACCAGUUCUUCUGUUAACACUUCAUGUUCUUGGAGAGUUCUUUUUUCACCUUCCCCUCUGUUUGCAACCUUAUCUUGGAUUGUGAAACGCUGUGUGGUUCCUUGUCAUCAUGAACAUAAGUCUCAGAGGUUAUAGUAAUGUCUGCUUCUCUCCUGAUCUGGUUGCUAAGAAUAUGUCCAUAGAAAGAGGGUGCUUCAAAGUGGAUUGUAUGAGGAACAGAGCUCCAGCCCUAUAGGCUGUCCACAAAUUGAGUUGUGAUGUAUAGGAGAUUAUUAGAAGCAAGGAGGUUGUGUGCAAUACCAUUCAGAAGUAGGGAACUAUUGCCCAAAUCAUUGUAUUCUUGAUUUAAAAGACGAUAGAUUUCAGAUAGAAACUGGGUAUUUUGUGGACUGCGUACAUCAUGGUCCAAUACAUAGUCCUUAUUAUGUUUUCCUACUACGGCUUAUUCUUUCCCUAAUGUGUACAGUUUGAUAUGUGCUACACAGAAGUUCGGAGCAGCUUUAAGUUUGCUGCUUCUCCCCUGCAUGCAACAAAAGAAGGAAACACAAAAGGGACAAACAAAAAGUGAAGAUAGGAAAAGAUGAAGCUUCAAGCAGAUAUGUUCUCAAGAGCAACAUUUAUUGUGCUGCGUUGUAUGGCAAAUCUCUUUGAAACCUAUAGUUUUUGAGGACAAGAUAAUUGCAUACCUUCUAAUUCUGCUGUCUUUUUGUGGUCGUGUAUGGCAUCAAAUAUUGUCUAUGAUGCAGAGAUGCUCAAAAUAGUUUAAAAUCCUACCAUAAAAGUUUUUUAGCAGUUAAAUUGGAUAAUAUGCAGAAGGGAUGAACCUUCUCAGAAUUGUCUGUGAAAAAAUUAGCAUAUCUUCAAAUAAUUGCAAAAAGCCACGGGCACCCAUGAAUUUUUAGGGCAUAAAACAAAAUAACCAGGCUUUGUACUGUGGAGAAAUUAUCAAUAGCAGCUUGAUGUAUAAAUAUAAUCCAGAUGACAUGGACCCAAAUAUUUGUAUACAUAUUUGUGGUGUUCCAUCUCAAUUACAGACUAAUCCUCUAUCUGGGACAUCAAGUGUUGCUGUCAGGGUUUGGAAACUCUUAUUUCCUUGAUGAUUGUAAAUUUAAAAAUAACAAUAAAAAGCUAAAUCUUA